GAAAGAUCUUGAGGAUUCCGAAUUACUUGACGUCAUUUUCUAAUUCGCUGAAUCACAUUUGUUAUGAAGAUUCUAGAAGAAACAGAGUGUUGCACGAAUUUGAGUUAAAAUCUCGCACAAUAUCGAUACAAACAUAUAUCAAUACAGUCCAGACUACACAAUUUAUACACUUAUAACAUCAAACUUUUACGAAACUGGUCUAUUUUCUCCCUGUAGUAGCUGUCAGUGUCAUGGCAGCCGCGUGCGCUCCCUGUUAAAAAUGGGAACAAAGGCAUUGUUGUUAUUAGCCUUAUUUAUAAACUAAUAAUCAUUUUGGAUGUUUACAAAUUUAUAAGAAAUUAUGGAUUAGCAAUUUUCACCAGCUUAUUAAUAAAAAUUCACAAAGUGAAGGACAAGAAACCGAAAAAAAAAACCCAUUGCAAUCAACUUUUGACAGGAAUUCCACAAAGAACUUCCUGUUGUAUUGGACAAGAUGCUUAAAGACUACUUUGUUGAUGGACUUGUGCAAAUUGCCAUAGUUCUGAGUUUGUUGAGGACUGACUUGAAUAACUACAUGAACAUUCACUAUGUAAAUUACCCAGAAGUGCAAGAAAUUAUUCUUGGAUCAUCAGCUGCAUUAGCUCCAACUAACUUCAUCAACAACAACAUCAAUUCUUUCUAUGGCAGUGGUAAUCCUAAAUCAAUUUACAGUGAUUUGACAUAUCAAAAUCUUAUUCAAGAUUUACGUUCUUUAAGACGAUUUUCUGUUUGGCAAAGAUCUCAUUCAGCUCAACAAAUAGAAACAUUUCUGGUUGGUUUGAAUAAUUUACCAGAAAUUGCAAGGGCACCAGCUGUAGAGCAAAACAACAAUAAUAAUGUACAAUCAGAAACAAACACUGAUGACCAAAGUGAGGUUGAAUCAAGCAACAACAAUCAGAACUUAGAUAGCAAUGAUAAUGUGCAAUAUGAAGAAGUUGUUCUUGGUGUUGACAGUACAUGUAGCACAAGUAGCUCUGUCUCUUCGAGUGUAAAUAGUCAAUAUGAAAUUCAGUUUGAUGGUCUGUCAAGGGAGGAUCUUGAUCUCAUUGAGGUACUAUGGAGGCAGGAUAUAGAUCUCGGGAUAGGAAAGGAGGUGUUCGACAUCAACCUAAGGAAAGAGCUAGAGAGAGAACGAGAAAUAGAGAUACAAAAAGAACAAAUCAAAAAAAAGGAGGAAGAACUGUUGAGAAUAAAACUUGAAGAACAGCGCCGUCAACAGGAACAGCAAUGGAGAUCAGAGAAUUUUACUAGAGAUGGAGAAACUGGUGAAUGGGUGCCUGUAGGUGGAAGAAAUAGAAUUCCCCCACCCCCUCAGACUUCUCAACAACUGCAGCAAGUCCCACAGCAGCAAAAUGUACAGAAUGGUCAAUACCAGAACUAUAUGCCCUAUGAAAACACUAUGCCUGUGAUGAAUGAAAUGCCACAGUCCUCUGGAGAAUAUAUGAUGCCAACCCAUGUAGAGCCUCAAUAUCAGUCCCUUAGGAUACCUCAUGAGAAUGUAGAUCAGCAGCAGACACAGCAGCAAAAUAUGACAAAUUUCAUUCCACAACAAACAAAUUAUAAUCAGACAAAUCCAUACAAUCAGGGAGAAAGCUUCGAGGAACGGUGGCAAGAUAUUGUCAGUAUGUUGAAUUUGUCCCAGAAUAAUUCAGGAAACAUGUACAAUGGUAUGCCUCAAAGUAUGCAUGCUUUGAUGGGUCAUAAUGCUAGCAUGUACAACCAAUCAGAUAUGUCAUCACCUCUUAUGCAGUUAAUCCAGUCAGUACCAGCAGCAGGUAGAGACAACCAAUCAUCUGCCAUGAUACAAAAUAUUACCAUGCCAACAGCUGGAGACAACCAGUCAUCAGUGUUAUUGCAGAAUGCUUCAAUGCCUGUUCCACCUAUGAAUAAUUCCAUGAAUCCAUCUUACAAUUCAUUCGACAACUCAGGUACUUGCCAGCAAAAUGGUAAUUUCACACCCUCAAAUCCAGAUUGUGGUAUGACAAGCCAGCGUGAUUUUGAGACUGGUGAUCUUCUUUUCCUCAAUGAUAGUAGUCCCAUGAAUCAAACAGAAUCCUUGAAAGAAGUAGAAGAGCUACUGCCUGACAUCAUUAACACUGAAAAUUUAACAGAUUACAACAUUACUGAGUUGGCCUUAAAUGAUGGCUUGCGUUCCAUGCAUAUGCUUGACGAAGAGAGUAGUGAGUCAGGAGUAUCUAUGGGUAGUUCUGGAUCACCAGUACAAGAUAACUUCAGUGACUCCGUUAUGUCUCCUUUUGAUGGUGCAGGUGGAGCAACUGGGGGUCAAGAUUAUGGUGAAUCACCAAAUUACAAAGGUCCCAAUUUUAAUAACAAUAAUAAUAAUAACAACAAAAAUUACAAUGGGUACAACAACAGUGAUAGCCAAUCAAAUUGUUCCUCUGUAUCUAAUGAUACUGAUUACCAAAUAGACAUGACAAGAUCCAAGCAUAUUCAUCAUAAUCAUUCUUACCCGCUACAGCCAGGACAGGAACCCAAAGAGUACAAGAAAUAUACAUACAACAACGAUAAACCUAGGCAGAAAGGACCACACUGUCGUGACAAAAAACGCAUUGCUGAAUUGAACAUUCCACUGACUCUUGAUCAAGUUAUUGAAUCACCAGUGGAAGAAUUCAACGAAAUUUUGCAGAUGCAUAAAUUUUCUGAUCAGCAGCUUCAACUGAUCAGAGAUAUCAGACGCAGAGGCAAAAAUAAAGUUGCUGCCCAAAACUGCAGGAAACGCAAGAUGGAUGUGAUUGUAGAUCUAGAGGACAAUAUGUCUUCCCUACGUGAGAGAAGAGAUCGACUUUUAGCGGAGCGACACACGAUUGACAAGCAAGCAAGGGAAAUGAAAGACAAAUUUGGAGUCCUGUACAGAGAAAUUUUCCAGUCCUUACGUGAUGAAAAUGGAAGACCAUAUGAUCCCCAGUUUUAUUCCUUACAGCAAUCCAGUGAUGGCAAUGUUUUCCUUGUACCACGAAAUAUGACAGCAGAUGAACAACAAGCAAAACUUAACAAAAAAGUGAAGAAAGAAAAGGAAAAGUAGUUCAACAAUAUUAGAUUUUAAGACUAUGGAGGGACACUACCUCUAAAAAUGUGAUAAAAGCAAGCCUUAAAUGAAGCACAAAAAUCAGGGUUUUUGAUGGUGUACAAAAAAAGAGGAAAACAUUUGGCAUUUGGUUUUUAGUGCAUUUUGCAUUUGAAAUAACAGGAUUUGCAUUUAUGGGUUGCACAUAUUCAUUUUACUUGCAAAUUCAUUUAUAGAAACUUUAAACUGGCACUAUAUUUAUUAGAAGCAAAUCAAAAUUUCACAUUGUUUUAUGAUAUAUAAAUAUUAAGAAUGAAUUUUAUUUUUAAUAUAAAAUUAUUCACAUAAUUGUUGAUCUCAAAGUCCAGCACUGUCAGUGUUAAGCAUAAUAUAGAAAUAAAGGUGCAAAGUAUGGACUCAGUUACCCAUCAAAUUAUCCUCAUAAUUAAUUAAAACUUAACAUAAUGCUAAAUUUAUCAGAAGAAACUUGUUACACCUAAUAUUCUUUCAUUAAUACAUAAAAAUACUAAUAUCAAAAUGUUUAAAAUGAAGAAUAAUUAUAAUUGGCAAUUAUUUGUCAAGUAUAUCUUUUGUGCAUGUGAAUUUUAUUUACAUGAUAGUUACAUUCCAUUCUUGUGUAAGAGCCAGGUCAUUAGUACUGUUUGUUAUAAAGGAAGGCGUUUGGGAAUUAAUCUUUUAUUGUAUAGGGGUCAUACAUUGUGAAAUGAACCCUAAAAUAUGCUUAAUCCAUUUUAUUUAAGAUGCUUACAUUUUUACAUAAAUUUUGUUUAAGCAUUGUAUCAGGUGCCUUGUUAUUAGGAAUGUUAAAUUGAUUUUUUUUAUGAUUAUAUUCUUUUAACGAAAAACCUUUCCCGUGUAGGGGUAGAGUUGAGGAGUCACGUUUGUUUAAGCAACCAACAAUUUGUUUCAUUAUAAAUGGUUCUUAAUGUUGUUGUCAAAGAAUACAUUCACCAAUCAAAUUGAAUUUGAAAUCUUUAGAUCACACAUCACACUGUCAAUUAUGGAGUCCUGAGUUUAUUAAAACUGUCUCUUCAUACAUCUUACAAAUGUCUACUCAAGAUGCAAAGCUUUAAGCAAAAUAAAUGGUAAAACUUUGAUUGUGUAGAAAUUAAGAUAUGAUUAAUUCCCACUAGUAUUAUAUGUGAAGGAGCAUAUACUAGUGAUAUAUAUGUGUAGAAUAUAAUCACUUUUUUGUUGAAUUAUAAGUGUCUAUGUGGUGCUUUAUGUAUCCUUCAUAGUAGAAACCUGACAGUAAAAAGUGCUAAAAAAGGCCAUUAUAAAAAUAUUACUCUUUUUUCCUCAUCUGGUUUCUUUCUUUUUAGUUUAAAGAACAGAUUUUCAGAAAAGUGUAGAAAUAGAAUAUGCCUGCUUUUUCUAUUAUUGAAGAAAAAUAGUUUUGGAAUAUUUUUAUUAUGGCCUUAAGUAUUAAUUUUUUUUGUAUUUAUUUAUUUAUCUCAUUUAACUUACAACAUGAUCAAAAAUAUAUAUAUAUAGUGUACAAUUUUUACUUGAAUAGUUAAGGGAAUUUGUGUUUACAGUUUUUUUUAUUAAAACUGAUCCUAAGAGGAGACUGAGAGGGAUGCAUUUCUUUGGUGUAGCUAAGGGUUUGUGUGCAAAGUUUGUUAAACUGGAACUGGUUCUUGUUUGUUUAAUGUUUUUAUGUUGUUGAAUUAUUGUUAUACACUUGUUAUUAUUAACUAAAACUUAAUUUUUACACAAAUUAUUGUUUUAAAUAUUUGAUGUUUUAUUUUGUCAUAAAAGAGAAAAAAAAUUGAAAUAGGUAUUUGAUAUAUAGUACUGUUUGUCAAAUCUGCAAAAAUAAUUAUAUAUUUGAUUGAACCAAUGAUAAAUUUUUCAAGUAAAGAAUUUUCCUUUAAACAAUGAUGGUAUAAUUUAAGUUUAUAAGGUAUUAGGACUUGAAUUGUUGUCCUGAAGUUGCAUGCCUACCAUUAGUUGGACAUUAUCAAAUUUUCUGUUGAAAAACCUUGAAGUUAUAUUGUUUUCCUAAAAAAAAAUCAUUACGCAGCGUUACAUGUUUUAUUGUGUGGAAAAGGGGGGCUUACAUUUCAUUAGUAUGGGUUCUAUUUAAGUUGCAUGCAAAAGGAUUCCAAAUGGUUGUAAAUGCAUAUUUCAAAGAUUGUCUCUAAAAGAUUAUUUCAAAUUUCAAAAAUAUUGCCACAUAUUGUAAAUCAAUGAUUCAAUUAUUAUUAUUUUUUAUAAAGAAAAAGGAUAAUGAUAGUUUCUAUUAUGAUAAUUUACCUGCAUAAUGUAGUAAUACCUUUAACAUAUGAAAUCACAGGGUUGGGUUAUUUUUGUCCAAUGUAAUGUUGCAGUACUACUUAUAAUUGUUUACAUGUAUGAUAGAGAACAAUACAUUUUGGGCUUUCAGUAGAAGGAUUAAGAGUAUAAAGUUAAGCAGGUGUGUAUAAUAAACAUUCUAUAGAGGUGUUAUUGUUUCACUUAUAACCAUUGUUAUGUUUUUAUAUCACAUAUUAUGUCAUAAUAGUCUAUAGCAAAUAAGUGCAUAUUGUGUGCAGUGUGAAUGAUGGAUAAUUAAAUAGGGAUGAAACAAAUCCUGAAUUUGAAUAUAAGUAAUUAAAUUGAUUUCAGAUUUCUCAAAAUUAUAGGUAUUGAUUCUUGCUUUGCUUCAUAGAUACUUCACUGGAAGGUACUAGUCUAAAAAUAAACUUAGUAGGUCAGUUAUCUUUAUAAUCUAGUAACAAGAUAUGUCACAGAUGCAAAGAUUUUUGCGACUGUUUUGAAAUUCAAGAAUAUUUGCAACUUCAAUUAUGAUAUAUAUCAUUCAGAUUUUUAAGUACAUAUCUAUCACAAAAAAAAGUAUGUGUGUGUAUGUGAAUAAUAUUAUAUAGAACAGAUUUACCAAGUGAACCUAUAUGUAAUUUGGUGACAUUCCAUGAAAAGAGAUUUAUCACAGUUGGUAAGAGGGAUAUGCUGUAUAUAUUUGUUUGAAAAUAUAUAUAAUUACAGCAUAUUAUUGGUAUUAAAAAUAUUAACUAACAAAGCCUUUUACAAUGUAUACCCGUGAGUCAUAUAUUGUCAUGUAGUCCAUUCAUCAUCAAAAAGGACAUCAUCUUGUACAUCAUAUCAUUUAUUAUUUCCCAUCCUUUACACUAGAACAUUUUACAUAUAUUGAUUUAAGGGUCUGCAAAAGCCAAUUAUGAAUAUUCAGCAAUGUUUUGAAUUUAGCUUCCUGCUUACCAUUUAAGUAAUUUGUUUUUAAAUUAAUUCAAACAAAAUAUAUAUGAACAUUAAGUAUUCAAUACAUACAAAUUGCACAUUAUGAUCAUUGGCCUAUUUAAAAAGUAUAAUUUAGGUACUGCCUUUUAAAGCAUCUUUUGAAAACAUUUGUUGUUUACUCAUUUCAGUACAAUUACUGAUUCAUGGAGAUCUUUAUGGUCAUGCAUGACAUAUCAAAGCAAAACGUUUGUUCAAACAUUUUUAUUUCAUAUUCUUUUCAACAAUUAAAAUCUUAUCAUCGACUGAAAACGCUACUGGCAGCUCACUAAUCUGAGAUUAGAUAAGACCGAAAACUUCAGAAUUGGCCAGAGUAAUUAGGAAAUUAUUAUGUCAGGUGAAAAUAAUGUGUUAAUGAUGAAGUUUUGUCAAGUUAAAAGACUGGUAAGGUUAUGAAGAAAGUAUGGAAGUUUUUAUAGACCUUAUGUAUUGAAAAUAACCAGGGCUCAUGACCUUUGUCAAUGUUAAUAUAGGUCUAUCAAAACUUCAUUUAUUAGAUACAAAAAUCGUAAGUGUGGUGAAAGUAAAGUCGGUAGAAUAUUUUUAUUGACAUAAAAAUCAGAGUUUACAGAAAUUGUCUGCUAGCAUUUAAAUCAGCAGGAUCAGAUAUUCAAAGAUGAAUUAACAUAAUAAUAAUAAUAAUAAUGACAUAAAUUUAUCCCCCCAGUGAUAAAUACAUGUUGGAUAGUAUUCACACUUUAUUUUCAUUUGACAUAGAUAUACUAAACAUUUAUAUGGGAAGUUAUACAUAAUAAUAAUUAUGGGAAGAACUGUCAGCGAUGAUAUGAUUUAAGUAGUUGUUGUAGCUCCAUCAUUGUACAUAAUGGAUUGUCUCAUUAUGGUUGUGUAUCAGAUAUUGUCUGAACAAUAAACUUAUUUUAUAUUGA